AAGAAGAAGAAGCUGUUGAGGUUCCCGGACGGUGUUAGGAAACGUGGCCUUAUGAGCGGAGAGUGAAGCGGAACCUCGAGUCUCUGUUACUCCUCUCUGUGUCUCUCUGUGUCUCUGUGUCUCUCUCUGAUCCGCUGGUCCUCUGUCGCCAUGGCUGAGGUAGAACAGGGUUCCGCUUUACCGCCGCUGGACGGCCUGAACAGCACGGAGAACGGGACCGACACCGGGAACGGCACCGCGGCUCGGUUCGUGGCUACAGCCGAGGGGACAGCGCUGGCGUACGGGAGCCUGGUGCUCAUGGCCCUGCUGCCCAUCUUCUUCGGAGCUCUGAGAUCCGUCACCACCUCCAAGAGCAAGAACUCCUCAGACAUGCCUGAGACCAUCACUAGCAGAGAUGCUGCACGGUUCCCCAUCAUCGCCAGCUGCACGCUCUUCGGCCUGUAUCUCUUCUUUAAGAUCUUCUCCCAGGAGUACAUCAACCUGCUGUUAUCCAUGUACUUCUUCGUGCUGGGGAUUUUAGCCCUGUCACACACGCUGAGUCCCUUCAUUAACAGGUUUGCUCCUGCUGCUCUGCCCAAUAAACAGUACCAGCUGCUCUUCACUCAGGGCUCAGGAGAGAGCAAGGAAGAAAUGGUGAACUACGAGUUUGACACCAGAGACCUGAUCAGUUUGGGAAUCAGCAGCGUGGUGGGAGUGUGGUACAUCCUGAAAAAGCACUGGGUGGCCAAUAACCUGUUUGGUUUGGCGUUUGCUCUGAACGGAGUGGAGCUGCUGCACCUGAACAACGUCAGUACCGGCUGCAUCCUGCUGGGGGGGCUGUUCAUCUACGACAUCUUCUGGGUGUUCGGCACUAACGUGAUGGUGACGGUGGCGAAGUCAUUUGAAGCUCCGAUCAAGUUGGUGUUUCCUCAGGACCUCCUGGAGAAGGGACUGGGUGCCAGUAAUUUUGCCAUGCUGGGACUCGGAGACAUCGUGAUUCCAGGCAUCUUCAUCGCUCUGCUGCUGCGUUUUGAUGUCAGUCUGAAGAAGAACACACGUACGUAUUUCUACACCAGCUUCCUCGCCUACAUCUUCGGCCUCGGCCUCACCAUCUUCGUCAUGCACACGUUCAAGCAUGCUCAGCCUGCUCUGCUGUACCUGGUGCCGGCGUGUGUGGGUUUCCCGGUGGUCGUGGCUCUGUUGAGGGGCGAGCUGACCGAGAUGUUCAGGUAUGAGGAGACCUCCCCGGAGUCAGAAGCUUCGACUAAAGAAGAAAAAACAGAAUCUGAUAAAGAUAAAUAAAGCUGCAGGAAGGUGUCGCGUCCCCUUGUUCCCCACCGCUGUACUUACAGGUUCUCCCACCAGGGGGCAGCGGAUUCCUUCUGCCUCCUCCUCCCCUCUUUCCCCCCCCAGUGUGUGACGAUGUCCUGCGUGGAGGUGGACGUGUGGACGUAUGGACGUUCUCUAAAUAGUUCAAAGACAACCGCUUGAUUUAGUUUUUCUUUUGUUUUCUUUGUAAUUUUUAAACAGUUGUAAAACAUGAUGUACAACAGCUUUACCGCCUGCCAGCCCCCCCACACCCCCCCCUGUCCCCCCCCCCACCUCGCUCUGCGCUCCUGAGUUUAUCCACUUUCCAUUUUACUGCUUUAUAUUUGUACUGGUAUAGAGCUCAUGUUAUUUUAUUGCUUGUUGCUCUGUAAGGUCGGGGUUGUACAGUGAAGCGGGAGUCACGUGAUCCACGCCGUCUCUUCGCCCCAGACGUUUUCGCUCGGUCGAGACGUGUUUGAGUCUCACGUGUUCUGAUGGAAGUCUGUAUCACCGGAUCAGUCUUGACUUUAGAGGACGUCACUGAGCUCCACACUGUGUUUAAAAUCGCACCGAGUCUGCACCAGCCUGUGAAAUGUGUGGGUGGGGCCUGUGGGAAGGGGCGGAGUCGCUAAUGUUCCAGAUGCAGUGACGAUGAUGAUGAUGGAGUUUUACUAAAGGUGUUUAUGAAUCGAGCUCGAGAUACGAACGUCUCGUCUGAACGACUACGUUUAAAUUCAUCGCUGUGUAACAUCAUGUACACAACAUAGUGUUUAUUUGGUUAACGUGUGGAACGAAUCGCACACUUUAUCUGUAUGUUUUAUAAAAACACCAGCACAGGGACCAACCUGGACAUUUAUAAUCCUUUAGGAAAAAAGAAAACAAUGAAAGCGCCACCUGCUGGUCCUUUAUUCAAAUAAUAAAAUUAGAAGUGACGAUACGAGUGCGCAGAUCCCUGGAGCUCAGUAACAGUUGUGACGUUCUUCACCUCGUUCUUCACCUCGUUCCUCUACGUUUCUUCUUCUCCUCCUGAUCCAGUGCAACUAAACAGUUUAAGCUUCUUUGAGGAGCAGAAAGUCUCUUGUGUUCUUUUUUUUUUUUUCCGUUUUGCCGCAAUAAAUUGUGGUUCUUACCGCUGUAGAGAAGCAUGA